AUGGCCGAGGGUGCUGCCUUGGAGCUCAGCGGACUGACUCCCCAAGUCAGCGACGAACUUCUCACCCUGUACUUCGAGAACCGCCGGCGCUCGGGGGGCGGCCCGGUGCAGGGCUGGCAGCGGCUGGGCAGCGGGGGUGUGCUUACCUUCCAGGAGGGCACCGAUGCUGCCAGGGUCCUGGCCCAGGGGCACUGUCUGUGUGGUGUGCAGUUGAGCCUGCGGCCUGCACCCCCAUGGUGCCCUUCCCGCCUCUUGCUCCUCGGCCUGCCCCCUGGCACCACGCUCCCGAGUCUAGAGCAGCACAUGCAGGUUCUGCUGAGGGCAUCCGGGCUCCCGGGGCCAUGCUCUCCGUGCCAGGCUCUCGACAGCCCCUGCCCUGACCGUGCCCUGGUCCAGCUGCCUUGGCCCCUCUCGGAGGCAGAUUUCCGUGUCCUGGAGGAGCAGGCCUGCGCCCUGUCUUUCAAGGGGGCCCGAGUGUCCCUGGCCCGGGUGCCACAAGCCCGCGCAGUGCGUGUGGUGGGGGCCACGCUGCCCGUGGAGCGGGCACUGCUGGAGCUGUACCUCGAGAGUGAGCGGCGCAGCGGCGGGGGUGCCCUGGAGGGUCUGCGUAGCCUGCCCGGAUGUGGGGGCACCGUGGCCACCUUUGAGCAGUGGCAGGCGGCCGAGCAGGUGCUGCAGCGUGAACACCAUCUCCAGGGCAAGGAACUGCGCCUCGUCCCCCACUACGAUGUGUUGGAGCCUGAGCUGCUCAGCAGCUGCCCAGCUGAGGACAGCGACCAAAGGGCUGUGGGCCCCGGCCUCACAGGGACCACAGAGGGUACUGGGACAGUGAGCCUGGGGCCUGAAGAGGGCUCAGAGACCUCCAGAGCUGCAGAGCCUCUGGACCAGGAAAGGCCCGAGGGAAUCCCCUUGAGCUCCGGGGCCUGCCCGGGGUCUCCUACACAGCUACGGGGGCCCAGCUCCAAGGCUGCAGAGUGUUUCGAACAGGUGGGCCAGGUGGAGAAGCAGCUGUCCAUGGAGCCUGGAGCCCUGCGCUUCCUGCAGUUGUACCAUGGGGACCUGCUCGCUGGUCUGGGGGAUGUGGGCCUGGUCCCGUGUGAAGGCCCCGAGUUCUCUGGUUUCCAGAUCUAUGGUGCCCCGGGCCCGUGCCAGGCAGCCGAGGAGUUUCUGCUGAGCCUUCUGGACAGUGUGAGCUGCCACACACUGAGCCUGGGCCACCCAGGUAGUGCCAACUUCCUGCUAAGCCCUGACGGUCAGAACCUGCUCCAGGACCUGGAGGCCCGGUUCCAGUGUGUGUUCGGGACGGAGCAUCUGACUAUGGCCACUCUGGGCAUCGAGUCUACUGAGGUGGACCCCACGGAGACCCUCUCUCACACAGUGUGGCCACCAGAAGACACAGGUGGCGGCCAGGAGAACUUAAGCUUGGAGGAGGUUCAGGAGUUGCUGGCCGCGCUGGGGGACCACUCUGGGGAGGACUGUCUGCCUUCGGGGCUGGGGGACAGGCCGAUCAGGGAAGAGGAGCUGGAGCCACCGGAGACCCUGGAGGGAGAGCCAGAGCCACCGGGCACUGAGGCUGGACUGAAAGAGGCCGCAGCUCUGCAGCUGGCCCUGCACCGCUCCCUGGCAGCCCCUGUCCAGGAGGACUCGCGGGCGCUGCAGCAGGCCCUGGCCCUCUCCCUGUUGGACUCUCCCAUGCUCGAGGAACACGUGCUCCGGACUGAGGGACUUGGGGGCAGUGCCCAGCUGAGGGUCCACAUGGCCUUUGAGCAGGACGUGGACACUCUGCACCAGGCUCUGGAGGCCGCCUUGGAGACGCAUCGCCGGGAGGAGACAGUAGGGCCCUGGGCUGAGCCGCCCUCUGAGGAGCUUCAGGAUCGCUUGGGUCAGUGCCACGGUGUGACUGUGGCCCAACGCGGGGACUGCAUCAUCCUCCGUGGCUUUGGGGAACAGCCAGCCAGGGCAGCCCGCCACUUAGCAGCCCUGCUGACUGGCCCCCACAGUCAGUGCCUGCCUGCCACAGCUGCUGUGACCUCCAACCCCACCUGUUCAGAGCCGCAGUGGAAGGUGCCCUUAGGCAGGCUGGAACCUGUGGCGGACGGCAGCGAUGAGUUCCAGACGGUGGUUCAGCCCUUCUUGGAUACCCUGGAUGCUGCCCACUGCAAGAUCCGUGUGGUCAGGGUGGAGCGUGUGACCCAGCCACUGCUACAGCACCAGUAUGAGCUGCAUAUGGCACAGCUGGAGCAGAGCUGCGAGCGCCGCCCUCUGGAGCACGUGCUGUACCAUGGCACGACAGCCAGGGCCAUCCGGGACAUCUGCGAGCAAGGAUUCAACCGCAGCUUCUGUGGCCGCAAUGGUACGCUGUACGGCCAGGGCGUGUACUUUGCCAGGCGCGCCUCCCUGUCGGUGCAGGACCGCUACUCGCCACCUGACGCCCAGGGCUACAAGGCUGUGUUCGUGGCUCGGGUGCUGACCGGCGACUACGCGCAGGGCCACAAAGGGCUGCGGGUGCCCCCUCUGCGGGACCCCAGUGGGGACAUGCCCCUGCGCUACGACAGCACCGUGGACUGCCUGGCCCAGCCCAGCAUCUUCGUCAUCUUCCACGACACACAGGCGCUGCCCACCUACCUCAUCACCUGCCAGCACAUGCCCCAGGGUCCAGCCAGGGCCACUUAGUCCCAGGGGAUGGACAGGGUGGUGUGUGCACCACAGCCACCAGAGGCCAGCAGAACCUAGGGGAGCCCCUUACCACCUCCCAACCCCGUCAGCCUUUGCUGUGCACUCCUCUUCCAAUAAACACUUGAACCCA